ACUCUGGAGAAGAUAGAGCCCCCAGUGGGGAAGGUGACCCAUAAAGUGAAGGAUGAGAGGCUGGAGAUCCUCACCUGCCAGGCCUUUGGCUUCUACCCCAAGGAGAUCCAGGCCACCUGGAAGAGGGACAGAGAGAUCUGGGAACAGGAGACCUUCCAUAGGAACGUGGCCCCCAACUCAGACGGGACCUAUUAUGUCCAGCUCAGCAUUGACAUCGACCCCAUGGAGAGGGACUGUUUUCGGUGUCACCUGGAGCACGAGGGCUUGCAGGAGCCCCUGGACUUGGCCUUCAAGGAGGAAAGAGGUGCAAUGCGGCGGAUUCCCGUGGUGGGAAUUGUUACAGGCGUAAUUGUUAUAGGUGUAAUCCUGGGAGUUUGGAUUCUCUUCCUGAACU